AUGAUGCACCUCGGACACCAAUUUCUCGGAAGAGGGUGCAGCAUUCGAAAGAUUCGACUUGGGAACCUCUUUGUCCGCAUGACGCGGAGCACAUCACGCCUCGACGACUAUCUGGACGUUUUCGUACUCGUCGUUGUUUCCAGGAAGUCGAAGACCAACCCCAACAACAAGCUGAAUCAUCAGUUUCUUGCAAGGCAUAGGGACUGGCGGCUCUGCGGAAUGGGCCAUGUGUUCCUGUGGCUUUAUUUCAUCUACGACCUCGUUCCUCUGCGCUACGGCCCCGGUAUCGUCGAGCCUCUCGACUUUUCUGAACCGAUCUUGUGGACGAAAGCACACCUCUUCUUUUCUUUGAAGAAGGGCGACCAGGGAAAGCAGAAGCAAGACGAGAUGCACUACAAAACGCAUAACACCUGGAUUAAGUGGGCCAUGACGAAGGCGAGAUGGAUUCUGAGCAAGGUAACACAUGCAUUCCGCAGAUCCGGAGCGCAACAACUCCAUGACGACGGUUGCUCCGACAACGAUAUCGGCACUCUGGGCGGAUGGGCGCAGGGGGAGUUGCGGAGGUGUUAUGUGUUCGGCAUACCGUUCAAGCCGGUUUGGCUGCUGGCAAGAUUCAGCGGGGAUCGUGGAGACUACUACAUCGGCAGAGCCCGCGCCAAGCUUCCGCGGCAUAAGGUCGAAGAAUGGAACGCUGCGCAGACCGAUCCGCUGAAGAGGCACUAUGCGGGGGCGAGGUUCCUAGACACCCUCGCGAGCAUCGGACGCCUCGUUGUUGCACAGGAUCUGGCUAUGAUGUGGGCGUUCUGCCAUCAGCACGGCGUGAGAAACCCGCGGUGCAAUUGCGAGAGGCAUCCAUAUGUGCAGAUGAGCCCCUUGUGCAACCACCCGCUGUUCCAAAAGUGGGCGUACCUGGUCGCUAUCUCUCACUUCCAGGGCGAGAAGCUUCGGGCAACCGGCCAAACCACCGCCAAAGCAGACGCUAUCUUUCGCACGACCGCAGAAGAGAAGCUGCAUAAGAUGCACCUCACCGCCAAUAUGCUCAGGGAGGAGCUUGGGAUUUUGAGAGGACGUGAAAUGCAGUUGGCGAUGGAGAACGCUGAACUGAGGGAGAAACUCGCCGUUGAGCGAGAGGACAAGGCUCGGCCAAGCCUCAUCAUGGGCGGCCGGUCACUGCGCGAAGUCUUUGCAGAGUUCGACCGGUAUAAGAAGAAGGACAAGAAUUCCAGCUUCAUCACCGCAUAUUCCCGGUUCGCUGUCAAAGGUACGCCCGGGAUGGCUGUGGGUGCAUGCGAGCGAAAGAUGCGUCGCGUGCAUCGUGUCAUGGUUUCCGUGGAGACGAUAAGAAAAGACAGCUCCGAGGCGGCGACCGCAACGGCCAUUAAGCUGCUGGACGAGGUUUUACUCGUGUGCAACUUCACGGAAUUCACCAACGGCCUGGCUGUGCUGCAUGAGACUCCGACCAUCAAGAAACAGAAGACCGGUUCGUCGACGGAGAAGAGGACCGUCAACGACCUGGCGCAACGCAGAGUGGGCUGGCUGUUAGUCAAGAAGGGCCUUCGCGACCAGGAGUGGGCAACUUCGCUGUUUGGGGAUGAUGAGUGGGAGGAGAUCCACAAGGAACACAUGGCGCAGGAGAAGGCGGAAGAGGAGAAACAACGAACCGCUGCGGCGAAGAAGGCGGAACGGGAACAGGCGAAGGGCGAAGCGUCGAAACGCAAGGAGCAGAAAUGA